AUGGCUCCAUCACCCACUUCUCCCCAGCAGCCCUCCGCGGCAUCCAAGCCUCUCCAACAGCGCCUAUUGGAGCUCGCUCAAACCCUCCAGUUCGCGUGGUUCGUAGGGCACGUCACCCUCUUGUUUUGCACCGUCCGCUACACCCUCAGCUACAUCACCUUCAACCCUACCAGCAAAUGGGCCCGCUUCUCCUACCGCACCGCCUUUGUCGCGGCUGCCUUGACAUACGGCAUCGUCGUCUUCAAGGGCUACCGCGCCCGGCAAAAGAGUGGACGGGGUCAGGGCAGCCCCCUGGCUCUGCUCGGCGAUGAGAAUGUGCAAUACCUGAUCAUGGCUAUCACCUGGCUCUUCUCCCGCCAAUUCCCCCUCGCCCUCCUCCCCUUCACCGUCUACAGCAUCUUCCACAUCGCAACCUACACUCGCGGCAUCCUGCUGCCCGCCAUCCAGCAAUCCACCCCGCCCCCAGCAGGCCAGAAACCCAAGCCCACCGGCCUCAGCGACACCAUCGGCCGCUUCGUCAAAGACUACUACGACCUCAGCAUGUCCCUCGUCGCCGGCCUCGAAAUCGCCCUGUGGUUCCGCCUGCUCGGCUCCGCCAUCAUCUUCACCAAGGGCAGCUGGAUCCUCAUCGCCAUCUACACCGUCUUCCUGCGCGCCCGUCUGUCCCAGAGCACUUUUGUCCAGGGCAUGUUGCGCCAGUUGGGCGCGAGGGGCGAUGCCCUCGCCAAUCGCCAGGAUGUCCCUCCUGUCGCCAAGAACGUGUGGGAGCAGGCCAAGGGCGCCGCGGUCAAGGCGCACGAUGCCACCGACUUCAACAAGUACGUCUCGCCGCAGUCGCCGACGCAGAAGAAGGCUUCGUAA